AUGGCUCCUCACGCAACUGAAACCGGUACCGACGCCACGUCCACUUCGGGCAGCCUCGACUUCACCACUUUCUCAAACGUGAUCGACGGCAAGCUCACCUCCACCGAGAAGACUCGCCAUGGGAUCAACCCUGCCACCAGCAAACCGAACCCUGAGGUACCUGUCUCGACUCCCGAGGAUGUAGACAAGGCCGUAGCAGCGGGCAAGGAAGCGUUCAAGACAUGGUCCAAAACGCCGUAUGCGGAGAGACAGAAGGCCAUGCUUGCCUUCGCCGACGCCAUGGAGAAAGAGAAGGACGGCUUUGCAAAGAUGUUGACGCAGGAGCAAGGGAAGCCACUUCAUUUCGCCUACUUUGAGAUGGACUUCACCCUGCAGAUCAUUCGCACCAUGGCAGGCCUCGAGCUGCCCACCGAAGAAAUCGUGGAUGAGGCCGAUCGGAAGAUUGUCGUCCGGUACACUCCUCUCGGGGUGACUGUGGGCAUUGUUCCAUGGAACUACCCUGUCUUGCUGUGCUGCUCUAAAGUCGCCCCUUGCGUCGUUACAGGCAACCCCAUCAUCAUCAAGCCGUCCCCGUUCACUCCUUAUGGCGGGCUAAAGGUGGCGGAAUUGGCCCAGAGGUUUUUCCCACCAGGCGUCGUUCAAGCUCUCAGUGGAGAUGACAACCUUGGUCCGUGGUUGACAUCUCACCCUGGCCCUGCAAAGAUCAGUUUCACAGGCUCGAGCGCCACUGGCAAAAAGGUCAUGGAGUCAGCAAGCAAGACACUCAAGCGAGUUACACUGGAGCUUGGCGGCAAUGAUCCUGCCAUCAUCUGCGACGAUGUUAAUGUCGACGAGGUCGCUCCUAGGAUCGCAACGCUGGCUUUCCUGAAUUCCGGCCAGAUCUGCCUGGCGCUCAAACGCAUCUUUGUGCACGAGAAGAUCUUUGAGCAGUUCCGUGACAAGAUGGUCGAACACACCAAGACUCUAAAACUCGGCGAGGGCUUUGAGAAGGAUGUCUUCUUGGGCCCCAUUCAGAAUUCCAUGCAGUACGAGCGUGUCAAGGGUUUCUUCAACGACAUUGAAAAGGAACAGUAUAACGUUGCUGUCGGAGGCAAAAACCCUGAUGGACCAGGCUACUUCAUCACUCCGACCAUCAUUGACCGACCCAAGGAGGACUCCAGGUUGGUUGUCGAAGAACCGUUCGGACCCAUCGUGCCUCUCUUGAGCUUCAGCACGGACGACGAAGCUAUCGAAAAGGCCAACAACACCAUAUAUGGUCUUGGGGCUUCUGUUUGGUCAGGCAACCUCGAACGAGCUUCGAAAAUUGCCCAGGAGCUUGAGGCCGGCAACGUCUGGGUCAACACUCAUUUUGAGCUUGAUGCAAGAGCACCAUUUGGCGGACACAAGGAGAGUGGCAUUGGGACUGAGUUUGGAGUCGGUGGGUUGAAGUCAUACUGCAACUCACAGACCUUGUACCUGAAGAAGUGA